AUGAAGGCCGACUCGGUCGCGCCGAUCCGCGUGCCGGGGCGCUGCGGCGAGAAGACGUGGCACCCGACACUGCUAGACAGGAUCGGCAGAAGAGAGGCGGUCGCCUUUGUGUGGCGCGGGGACGUGGCGUGUGACGACCGCACGCUGUACGUCGCGUUUUCGCCCCUGCGUUACAGGUCGCAGUUCGUCAAGGUCAUCGCCGGCGGCGUGGUGGAUAAGCGCAGGACCGCUGAUCGGAGGAACCGACAUGGGCACGGACACGCAGACGUCGCCGGGCUCAGAGGGCAGGGGCCCUGCGUUUCUUUCCUUUCCCCUGUCGCUUCGUCGUCGUUGUCACCCCUUUGUGUUCGUGUCCUCGUGUUCGUCAUCCUUCGGAUCCUGUGGGCAGAUACGCAGCCAUCGUGUGAAGACAUGCGGGAGUUCUUAUGCAUUUGA